AUGUCUUCAAGUUUAACAACUCCAUCAACAUUUAACGCUAUAUCAAAUGAAAUUUUUGAUUAUUUUGAUAUACAUCGUGAAAAACUUCCAUUACUUAUUAUAGUUUAUUUAUUAACUAUUAUUUGGAUAAUUUAUCUUAUAUUGUAUCAUUCACGUGUACAAGGUAUUAUAUUAUCAUAUAUAUUAAAACGUUUUUUUUUAAAAGAUGCAAUACAAAUGAAAUUUGAUUCAUUUUCAAUAUCAUUUAUAUCGGGUUCCAUCAUGUUUAGAAAUUUACAUUAUACAACAGGAAGUUAUUUUGUUUGUGUUCGAGAUGGUUGUUUAACUUUUCGGUAUUGGUCUAGAACAAAUAAGAAAUCAGUAAUACGUUUACAAAUAAAACUUAAUCAUGUUGAUAUACUAUUUUCUACUCCAAUUCGGUCAAAUACAUUUUCAGAAACAAAUAACUUAAAUGAUGAUUUACAUAAAGGAUCGAUUCAUGAAAUUCCAACAAAAGCCGAUGAUGCACAAAGUGUAAAUACAGUUAAAGAUAAUGAAGAAGGUUUUCUUGUACAAAGUCUUCGAAGUCUUUUUCCAGCUAUUGAAAUUAAAGUUGAUCAUGGUCGAAUAUCUAUUCGACAUGAUACAUUACCAUAUAGUUUAUCAAUACGUUUUAAUACAAUGAAUAGUGUAUUUACAAGUGAAUCACCAUCAAAACAUGCUCCACAAAUUGAUCUAAUGACACUUAUUUAUAGUUUAACAUACAAAAAUCUUCGAAUACAAUUCUAUCGAAAUGAAGCUUAUCAAGGAGAACACAAGGACAUUUUACCACCUAUUCCAACAUCUAAAAAAGUGGAUAAUACUACAUUUCAAAUCUUUGAAUGUGCUGAAGGUGAACUUGAAUAUGAACAAGAUGUACCUGGCAAAACGAUUGAACCAUUAGGAAAUGAUGAAACAAUACCUGGUGUAGCAUGGGAAAUUCGUAUUAAAUGUAAUAAAGGAACAAAAAUUGCCUAUGGACCUUGGGCUGAUCGUCAAAGAGAAUUAUUAUGGCAAUAUUUUUUACCAACUAUAUAUGAAGAAUCUACGAUAACAUUGGAACCAUCAAUUGGUCAAACAAGAAUAUUUAAAUCAGUUCAUUUUAAAUUGUUACUUAAUUGUCCAACGACAUUAGAUCUUUAUUUUAUGAAUAAAAUGAAACUUCAACAACUUCAUAUUGAAUGUCCUUUAAAAGGUUCACUUAUUGAUGCAGUACUUCCAUUUUCAACAAAUCCAAAUGGUUUUGAUACAGUUUUAUCAAUGAAUGUAUUACAACCAAUAAUUCGUACGAAUCUUUCAUUUUCAUCAUUAGCCGAAGCUGAAAAUCUUCAUAUUAAUGUUCAUAUUCAUUAUCCACGUUUAUGGAAUUCAUUACAAAAUUGGCUUAUUAAUAUUAUUGCAAAAAAGCUUCAAGUUUAUUUUGUUUUUGAACAUAAAAACUUUUUUCAAGCUUUAAUCAAUGAUUGGUCAUCAUCAUUACCACCUGAUAUAUAUUCAUUUGCACCAUUUAUUUAUGAUAUAACUGUACAGGGUGAUCAAGUUGAAAUAUUAACUCCUUGUAAUCAAGGAAAUUGGAUUGACUGUUCAGAUGGAAAUAAUCAGCAGCUUGCAGAAAAUAAUUAUGUAUCAUUAUGUGCUAAAUCACUUCGAUUAACUUAUCCAUUAUCGUUUAUUGAAUUUUGUGCAAAAACUACAGCAAUGGACUUAACAAUUGAAGCUAAAGAUAUACUUGCACGUCUUGUUAUACCACGAACUAAUCGAAUGUAUUAUAUCAUAGAAGGACUUGAUAUGCAUAAACAAUUUCACACACCAGAUGGUAUUAAAUCACAAUUAUCAUUAUCUGAUGCAUUUGAUAAACGGGACAAUUGCUUUGAUUGCGCUGAGGCAAGUCAUUUGAAUAUUCUUGUAAAAAUUCUUCUUCAUUCCUCACCACCCAUUGAUAUGAAUCGAACAGAUCUUUUAUAUGUUCAACACGUAAGAUCAAUGGGUGAUCGACAAACAUUUCAUCCAAAUAAACUUGAUUACGAUGUAUUUAAUAUCGAAAUUGAUAUUGGUCCAGUUAAUUUACUUCUACAUGGUUUAUUUUUAAAAAAUUUUUGGUGGGUUAAGGAAAAUUUAUUCGGCUGGGAUCAAAUGUAUCAUGAUCUAAAUGAACCAGAGUUAAUACAUGAAAAUAAGAUUACUAUACCAGAUGAUCCAGUUGUUAACAUGAUUGAUGAAAAUCGUUCAUUUGAUCCACGGUAUUUUCGACCAUUAAUGGUUACUUUACGUGUUGCACUUCAUAAUAUAACAGCUCAUUUGAUUUAUCAUACCGAUGAUGAACCUUGUCCGAUUGGUUUUUGUGAACGAUUAUGUGUUGAAAUGACAACUAAUUUAGAUGAAACGAAAUUACAAGUACUAAUUUUGCCCGUUAAUAUUUAUGUUGAAGAUACAAUUGUUAGAAAUAAAACCGAUCAACAUUUAUCUACGGGAAGUCUUCAAUUAUCUGGUUUAAUAAUUCGUGGUCAUGCAAUGCUUUCUCAUGAAGGUUUACCACCCGAACGUGAAACUCUUGAAUAUGCAUGGCAAAUGGAAAUUUUACUUGGUAAAAUAUCAGCUCGUGUAACAACAAUUCAAAUUGAAAAAAUACUGGCAUUUUUAAAAAAUUUUUAUUUACAAAUAAUGGAAGAUGAACAUACAUUGAUACGUUCACCUGUUAUGGAUAAAACAAAAUGGAUUGAAAAACUAAAAUAUGAUGUACUUAGAUUUAGUUUAGAUUCAGUUGAUCUUUGUAUUAUUGAGGUUGGAAAUGCUCUUCAUGCACAGGUUGCACCAGUUCGUUUAUGUAUGUGUAAUAUGCAUACAAGUUUAUGUAACGAAAGUUUAACAUUUAAAGUGGGUACUAUUCAAAUUCGUCAGUUACUUCGUCUUUAUCCUGAUUCAUGGUUAGAAGCUGGUUCUAUUCAUAUACCAGAAUUACGUAUGAAUGCAAAAUUUGAUUGUCAUUCUGCAACACAAAUUAAUACAAUCGAACAAAUGGAAUUUCUUCGUCGACAUGAUCAACGAACACAAAGACUUCAUUUUCUUUAUAAUACAAAAUCUCAACAAUCAACAGCAACAACUUUAAAACGACCAUCAAAUUUUGGUUUACCAACAACUACUAAUCUUCCAUCAUGUGCAUGUCUUGGUGGUUCAUCAAAUUAUUAUACACUCGUUCAAGGUGAACAAUUUUUUAAAAGUUCAUUUCGUCUUAGUGAACAAACAUCAUUUGGACGUUCUUUAUUUCGUCCUGAUCUACAUGUUAUACAUUCACAUUCUAUAUUUCAACAUAAAUAUGAUUGGAAUACUUAUCAACAUUCAACUGUGUCAAAUGAACAAUUAACUAAUGAAGAACCUUUUUAUCCUUUUGAUUUUUGUGCACAACAAAGUCAAUUUAAUCAACAAGAACUUCAUAGUUCUAAUCAAAAUCAUCUAGAUUCUAAUAUACCUAUGAAUUUAUAUUCAUUUCCACGAUCAAGUUCUAUAUCACACACAAAACAUAAAUCAUCAAAUGAAAUCAAAUCUCAUAAACGUUCAUCAUUAUCAAUACCAUUAUGUAGUAAUGUUACUGAUGAUUCAUCAUCAACAACAACAAGUGAUACUUAUUUAACACCAACUGAAUAUUUAUCAUUAAAUAAUUCAAGACAAAUGAGUUUAAAUAAUACAAAUAAUACUCUAGAACCAUUAUCAUCAACUGAUAUACAACGUCAAUUAUCAACAAAUUCAUCAUCCAUACCUGCACAUUUUAAUUUAUUAACAAAAUCUUCAGAUGAAGAAGAAACUGUAUCAAUAACAUCUUCAGACUCAUCAUCAACAGAUUCAUUAGCAGCUUUCGAAGAAAUACUUCAAAAACAACAACCCGAAAAAUCAAUACCGAAAAAAAAUGGUUCAUCAAGUGUUGAAUACAAAUCAUUUCCUCCACUUUCAUUACGCAGUGCAUCAUGGAUUAAUUUAAGUAAUCAAAUGAAAAUGCCUAUACCAAAAUCUCCACUAUUAUGUACAACAUAUAUUCGUUAUCUAUCUCAUUAUCGUUCAUCAACUUGGUCAAAUAUACCUUCAUAUCCUCCAUUAAUUCAACAAGAUCAAAUAAAUCAUCAGCCAUUACUUGAUUUUAAUUGUGUUUCACAAGGUUUUUUAUGUUCAUUUUUAUCUGAACCUAUAUCUUCAAUACAAUCACGUCAACAACAUUCAACAUUUUAUCGAUCACGUUCAACAGCAACACCAACAAUGCUUUCAUUUAAUUCAUCCAGUAUGAUUUCAACUGAAAAAGAAAUAUGUCUUCGAUUUAUUAGUUCAUUAAAUAUACUUUUAACACCUCUUAUGCUUGAAUGUUUAACAACAUAUAUUGAAAAAUGGAAAACAUAUGAUUUACAUCCAAUGUCUAUUCUUGAUGGUCUUCAUUUUCAAGCUCAAACAAAAUCAAAUUUUCCAUCAACAUCAAUUGAUUUAUCAUCAACGAAAAUUUCAUUACAAUUACCAAAAAUAAAUAUCUGUUUAUUACAAGCUGGUCUAGCAGAAGAUCAUGUUCAAUUAACUGAAUUACAAACACCAGUUGAUAUUGUUACAAUGUCAUUAUUUGCUUUAUCAUGUAAACAAAUUCAAAUGGAAACAAUUUUAUCUAAACGUGAUCAAUCAACAGCUGGAAUUUUUAAAAUUCAAUCAAUAACAGGACAAUUUCGUCGAUUUGAAAAUAAUUUUUCAUUAAUUGAAAAUGUUAAUAUUCAUGCUAUACAAUCUCAACGUUGUCGUUUACAAUUUCAUAUACCAAAUGAUACUCAAACACAUUUACCAAUUGGUAACAAUAGAAGAAAUAUUGGUUUUGUUAUGAAUGAAUUUGGUUUACAACGACUUUGUUUUAAAUUAAUUAAUAAUGCAGCUAAACAACAACAAGAAAGAACACAUUCUAUGGCAGUUAUGACACAGAUUAAUGAAACACAAACAAGUAAAUCAUCAACUAAACAUAAAUCAAAAAGAAAACGCUCAUUAGAACCAUUACUUCCAUCUCCUUCAACGCCUGCUCCAACAGCCAUAGUUCCAUCAACACCAACUUCAUUAUCAAGUAGUGUGUUCGAUGGUUCAAUUGAUCAUGUAUGGAUAUCAUUUCCUGAACCUCCACGUCAUACACAUUUAACAUCAAAUUUACUCAAACGAUCACAUGUUAGUACAUUAACUACUACACAAGAAAUUCCAAUACAAAAAAAAAAUCUUUCUUCAUAUACUCGUUAUGAUUGGAAUUUUCUUUCAACAUUAUCAUCAACUGUUCUCGGUUGGUUUUGUGUUAUUGAUCGUAUAAAAAAACCUUGUAAAAAAUUUCUUAAAAAACGUGAAAAACGUCUUGAUGCUGUUUUAGCUUAUUUUCUUAUUGAAACAAUACCAGUAUCAACAUUAACACAAAGUAAAUUAUAUAAAUUAUUUACACCUAAAACAAAAUAUCUUCUUUCACAUCCUGUUUGUCAACUUGUUGCGGAAUUUCGGCAACGUUUUAAUAAAAAUACACAAGUUAAUAUUAAUCUUCAAUCAAAUAUAGUACCAGAAAUAGAAAUAUUAAAACGAGGUAUACGUGAAUCAUGUCGAGCUUGGGCUCAAACAUAUAAACUAGAAGCACAAACAAAUAUGCGUGUACGUCGAAUAGUAACAUCAUCACCUAUUAAUAGUAUAUUAUUAACAAAUAAUACUGGUCAAGAACAAAUGACAGAUGUUAGACAAACACCAACGAUGGUCAAUCGUUUUCAACAUCUUCUUGGACAUGACUCUCUUGUAGAACAACCAUCAGUUAAAUCAAAACAACAUCAAAAUGGAAUAGAUAAUACAACGACAUCGAAUUCAACUAUUCGAAAACGUAUAGCAGUAAAUAAAACUCGAUCGAGUCCGAGUAAUAAAUAUACAAUGAUUGAAAUGAAUAAGAUACCAUCAUCAGUACCAGAACGUCGACGUACACCUAAUUAUUUAGGUGAUGCUCUACGACGUUUUGAACCAACUGCUAAUGUCAAUAAUACAGCCGGUUAUAAACUAUUAAAUACUGAUGUGAAUGAAUUAGAUUUUGAACGAAAUGCAAAUAAUACUCGAUUAAAUAAUCGUAAACAUAAUGAUUUCUAUAAUGGAAUAACUUAUUAUACAGAUGCUAGUUCAGUUGAAGAAUUAUUUAAAAUAUUACUUGAAUAUGCGGGUGUAGAAUUAUCAGUUACAUCAUCCAUUGAACCAUUAUUUGAAAAAUUAGGUCAAACUGUUUUAGCAUCAGCACAAAUAAAACAAUUUGAUGUUAAAAUUUUACCAAAUGAACUUAUUAAUGAUUCUCAAUUAAUAGAAUCAAAUCCAUCUGUUGAAUUAUCUAUACUUGGUGUAACAAAUUUAAAUAUUCAUAGUGUUUGUAAACAAUCACUUGAACAUAAUGAAUUACAUUCAGCUAAUGUUCAAGCUGGUAUACGUGUACAACGUGUUAAACAAGAAUUUAAUUUAUCAUUGUUACGUCUUGUUUAUCAAUUUUAUACAGUUGUUGGUAAUGCAUUUGAAUAUAUAAGUAUGGAUGAAAUAGGUAAAACAGAUACAAAUAUUUUUCAACAACAAAAUGAUCCAUUAAUAAACUAUUCACGAACAACUACAAUAAAUGAUAUUGAUAAUUUUGCUCAAAGAUCUUUUCAAUUAAAUACUCUUCUUAUUAAUAAUAAUGAUUUAAUUAGUACAGAAAGAGAAUGUUGGAAAAAAUUACGUGAACUUGUUGCUAUAUAUCAAACAUCAACUGAUAUAAAACAAUUACCAACAAUAUCUAAACACCAAAGAAGUGUAUCAGAUUUAUCAAAUGAUGAUAGUUUAGAAGAAGGCAAAAAUAUACCAUUUCAAUUAAUACCAACAAAGAAUGUUAUAACAAAUGAAACACUUUUAUUGUCAGCCUUUGGUUGGUUAAUUAUUGAUGAAAUAAAUUAUACAGCUUCAUUAGGUGGUCUUAAAGUUGAUGGUCGUAUGGGAAAAGUUCAAGGAAGUAUUUCAUUAUCCCAAAGACUUCGAGCUUUACAAGCAAAUACAAAUCAUCAUAAUUCAAAAAAAUAUGAUGGAUCAUUAAUUGUUCAGAUUGGUUCAACUUCUCUUUCUCUUAAAGAAACACUUUCAACUUCUUCAGAUACUCAUCUUAACAAUAGUACUUCUCGUUUAAAUGAAACAGCUUCUAAUACAUCAUUAUCAACUCGACAAAUAUCUGUACUUGAUAUUAUUGUUGGUAAAUCUCGAGCAUUAACAUCUCUUCAAACUCGUAGUAAGAAUUUAAGAUUAAGUGGUGUAACAAAUAUAGGUACAAUUGCCAUGGAUGUUCCAUUACGACCACAAGAAGUUCAUGAUUUAGUUAAUCGUGCAGGUCGUUUAAUAACCUCAUAUGUUCAAGAAUUUCUUCCUGGUGAUACAGAAGAAUCAUCUACAGUAUUAUCAAAAACAAACGAUGAAUUACAACAAAUAAAUACCAAUGUAAACAAUACAAUUCAAGAAAUCAAUCUACCAACAACAACUGAACAAAUUCCGAAAAAUAAACGUUUACAUAUUCAUCGUAAACGAAAAUUAUCAUCACAUUUACCAGUUGAUAUAUUACAAACUCAAACAAGUAUAUCAUCAUUACCAAAGAAACCUAUAUUUGAAGUUCAUAUAAUAGCACAUUGUCAAGGAAUGACAUUUUCUACAACACUUUUAUCAACACUUAAAGCUCAAUAUAAAAUUGGUAUUGUUGAAGGUGUUGCAAAUCUUGGUUCAACAAAAUCACGUUUUACUGCUGUUGUUCAUGAACAUGCAUUACAUUUUUUAAAUAAUAAUAAUAAUAAUACAAAUAAUUUACAUCAACUUCCAACAGUUAGUUCAGAUAAUCAUGUACGAAUUGAUUUUCCACAAAUACGUUGUUAUGGAAAUUAUAUUAUUGAACAAGAAGAACAUAAUCAAUCAAAAGCACAUUUAAAUCUUCGUACAAAUAUUGAUUUACUUAAAUUAACCAUAACAGCUGAUUUUCUGGCACAAUUAGUUUUUGUUUCAAAAGUAAUUAUACAUGAAAUAAAUGAAAUACUUGGUAAAGUAUCAGGUGUUGAUCAAUUUCAAUUUCAAACAGCUGAAUCAAAACCUAAAGAUAAAGAUUUAACAAUAUCAGAUAAUAAUGAUAAUGAUUUUAAUGAGGAUGAAGAUGAACAAGAAAAAAUAUCAACAACACCAUUUAUAUAUAAAAUAAAUAUAUCAAUGAAAGGUUUUCAAGUUAUUGGACAAACACCAUCAGAUACAGUUGUUAAAUUUGAAAAUGGUGAUAAAAAAGUACCAAUAUCUAUUAAAUUAACCAAUUAUGAUGAACAAAAUUCAUUAUUAUUAUAUAAUAAAUCAUUAAUUAAUGCUUUAUUAAAUAUUAAACUUAGUUUAGGACAAUUAUUACAUACUGGAAAUUUUCAAGAUGCAGCUUAUUUUAAAACAAAAUUACUAUUAAAGAAUUCUUUUCAAUUGGAUGAUCUCGAAAAAAAAGCUUAUUUUCUUCGUUUAAAUAAACCAAGUUUCUAUUGGCAAUCUGGUGCUAUUGACAAAGGUAUUCUUUUUUGGCUAAAUUAUAAAAAUACUUAUGAUUAUUGGAAUGAACAACGUGGUGCAUUUACAACUCCAACAACUGAUUCAACACAUAUACGUUCAUUAGUUAAUGUUCAACCAUUACCAACAAAAAACAAUGAACUUAAUCUUAUGUUUCAAUUACAUAUUAUAGAUUUAGGUAUUGCCAUACCACUUCACCAAGUCGAUCAACCAACAAAAUUAUCAACAACAACAGAUCAUCAAUCAAAUCAAAUUUUAAAUCAACGACAAACAACAACAACAACAUUAGAUGAAAGUAGUGAUUUUCUUGUAUUUACACUUGAUCAAACGACAAUAUCUGCAUGUUCAUGUGGUGCUAUUAUAAGUUCCGGUUCAUUUGAAGGUUUUUGUUUUCGUUUUGCAGAAAAUUUUCAACAAACAAAUCCAAAUUGGAAACCAACACCUUCAUCAACAUCAUCAAAUGUUAUUUUAAAUGCAUGUUGUGUACCAAGUGGACAAUAUUUAAUGCAUUCACGUGCUAAACAUAUUGCAAAUUCAAGUAGUCCUAAAUGGUUUUUAAAUGUUCAAUGGGAUAUGAAAGGUAUUGAUAUAAACAUUGAUUCAGUUAUAAGUAAACGUUUUUCACAAUUAAUACGAAUAAUAACUGCAACACAAUUAAUUGAACAUGAUAAUCAUAAAAAUAAUGAUAAUGAUUUAUCGAAAAAUUCAAAUUUAAAUGAUAUACAAAAUGCUAGUGCAAUAAAUAUUAAUGAUAAUAAAGAUCCAAUUGAAGAUGAUGAAAGAAGAAAAAGAUUAGAAUAUGAAUAUUCUAUAUUAGGACAAAAAAUUGCAACAUUAAAACGAACUCAAGCAUCAGAUGAAAUUUUAAAACCUGAAGAAGCUCGUUAUCAAUGGUUAGAAAAAGAAUUAUUACAAUCAGUUAAAACAGAAAUACAACAAAAAAUGAAAAAACAAUCAAAUAAGUCUGUACAGUUGCAACAACAACAAAGUCUACCAACACAAGAACAACAUGAAUUAUUUCGACGAUCAACAUUAUUUAGGACUUCACUUAAUCGUGAUCGUAAUCGAACAUUUCUAUCAACAUUAAGUGUGCCAUAUAAUAAACAAGUACAACUAUCAGAUAAUAAUCAACCAUUAAAAGUUGCCCAAUCGGAGUUGGUCAUGCGUCAACCACAAAUAAGUCCAUUAUCAAUUCGUGAAGAAAGUCCAGAAAAUGAAACAUCAUCUACGCCAAGUCUUACUAUGCGAGAGAAAAAUCCAUUUGAGACUAUAUUCUAUAGUGUUUCAUCUCAGGAACAUGAUGAUAAUCAAUUAAGUCCUUCAUCUACAAUAAGUAAUCCAAAUGAAAUAACAUCAACUCCAGCAGUUGAUUUAGAAUUAAAUUUACAAAUUCAAAUAGCUAGUGGUUCUUGUAAUCUUUAUACACGUAAUGAUCUUAUUUCUCAUACACCAUUAACAUCAAAUUUAACUAAACAACAAAAACAAGCAGCACUAGUGUUAAUUCAAACAAUAAAUAAAAUUGAAUAUCAAAUAUCACAAUUUUCUUUACCAGGUGUCGAUGUCGAUGCACAUUAUAAUACAAAACAUAAUAAUAAAACAAAUAAUUCAUUAAAUAAACGAGCUAGUUUUUAUUGUCGUGCUAUGAUACAAUCACCAACAACACCAAUUAUGGUUCAUCCAAUAUUACUUGAUUUUAUUGAACAAACACUUGAAUAUGUGAAAUUGCCACAUGAACAACAAAGACGAACAAAUGUACGACAAGAACAAACACAUGAUCAAAGUUCAGAUGAUAAUCAUUUAGAUAAUAUAUUUUUACUCGAAGAUCAAACAUCACCAACUUCAUUCCCUAUUGAUAUUGUUGUUAGUAUAUUUAUUCAACCAUGUAUACUUCUAUUUACAUGUUUACCAACACAUCCAAUGGAAUGUGAACUUCGUUUACCUGCUGUUGAUGUUGUUUUUUCAUCGAAACGUACAUUAUCAGAUAAUAUAUCAUCAUUAAAAGAUGAAAAUUUAUCAAAAGACAUAUUAGAAAAGUCUCUUGUUGGUUUAAAUUUUUCAUUAUAUAUGAAAGAUUUUAAAUUAAAUGUUUAUCAUCCAUUUUCUGGUGUACCUAAAAUACAAUUAGUUGAAGAUAUUCAUUCAGGACAAUUACAAACACGUAAUGCAUUAGCUGUUAGUGUACAAUCUGUUUCAAUAAAUGUUGCUCGUACACGUUAUAUAUUAACUGAUCCUAAUAAUGAAUAUUUAAAUAAUAUACAAUUAUCGAUUAUUGCACAAAUAUCAAAAGCACAAUUUGAAUAUGAUAUAAGACGUUUUUCAGAAGUUUUAACAUUUCCUAAAAUUUGGUAUAAUCGAUCAUUAGCUCGUCGUCUUUUCUUAGGAGAUGAAAAUUUAUCAACAAGAGUUCCAUCAUCAAAUAAAAUAACAGAAACAAUAACAGCAACAACAACAAAUAAAAUAUUACGUAAACAAGCACGUGUUAUUUUAGCUGUACAAUUAAAAGAAUUACAUAUAUCCAUGCGUAUGUCAAAUGUUAUGGGAAAAGUUGAAUGGAAUACAACGGAUGUUUAUUCAACAGGAAGUUUAACAUUAACAAGUGAAGGAAAACGAACAUUUUCUCUUUCAGUUGGUUUACAAAAUUCUAUAUUUCAAGCUGAACAAGGUAUUAUUGGAGGUAUUAUAAAAUUAAAAAAUCUUCGAACAACAGGUCUUAUUCGUCAAGAAUUUCGUGACCGAACAUAUCUAGUUGAUGCUUCUCAUGUCAUUAAUAUUCUUACUGAUGCAAUUGAAAUUCGUCUUGAUUAUAUGGGUUCUCCAACAUUAAUGGGUCGUAUAUGUCAUAUAUUACUUCGAUUAAAUGAUGAUCGUCAUACAACAACAAUAGAUAGAAGUUCAAUGCCUCCAGCAACAUUAGUUGUACUUAAUCUUAGUUGGUCACAAUUACAUUUAAUGUUAACACGUUCAACAACACCUGAUAUAAUGAAAAUGGCUAUGAAAUUAACUGAAUUUGUUAAUGCACAAAUAGCUAAUUCAAAACAUUUAUUAUCAUCAAUUCAAUAUGAUUUUCGUGAUGAUACAAAACGUAAAAAAGUUGAAAUGAAUAUUAAUACACAAAAAUCUUCUAAUUUACAAUCAAAAUAUAAUAUAGAUAUUAUUAAAAAACAGAUUGGAAUGAAUGGUGGUGAAAUUAUGUUACAAGGUCAUAAUUUAACUAUUAUUACUUUUCAUGGAUUAAAUUUUAAAUCACGUCAAUGGGCUUUAUUUUCACUUAAUGAACCACAAAUCGUUUUUGUUACUGAUCAUGGAGAACAAGGCGAUAUUAAUCAAAAAUUAUUUUUUUAUUUGGAUCAUCAAAGUCAAACAACACAUUCAAGUUUAAAAUCUCGUACAAAUAUGGCUUCAAUAUCUAAAGUAACACGAAAUAGUACUGAAGCACCAUCACAUUUAACAAUAAAUGAAUGGUUUAAUUAUGCAAGUUCAGCUAUAUCAGCUGUUGGUUUACGUGAUUUUCCAACAAUGGAUGAACCUGAGACAACAGUAUCAAAGAGUUCAGUACGUUCAAGACAAUAUGAACAAAAUGCUGAAUCAAUAUUUAUUCUUCCGGCUCUUGAAUUACGUUUUCAAUCACGACAAUUACAUGGACAAGUGCAUUGUAGUUUUGAAACUGAAUUUUAUGAACAUAUUAUGUUUACAUUUAAUGCUGAACACUUUUAUUUUCUACAUGAUCUUAUAUCUUCAUAUAUCAAAGAAAAAGAACGAAUUUUAACAGCCGUAAUAAAUGAUAAAUCUCGACAACGAUCACUUGAAUCAUCAAUUACUUCCACUGAUAGUCAAACACUUCCACCAUUAGAUAAUGCACGAAGUGAUGAUACACGUCGUUUUACUUGUCCCGAUGCUAAAUGGAAAUUACAACCAGCAAUUAAACUUCUAACGGCAUAUGGGAAUGAAGUUGAACCAUUUGGUGCUGAUUAUGUUUUACAAAAAUUAGGUUUUCGUCAUGCACGUUUGACUAUUCCAAAAUGGGUACAACGUGGAAUUAUGGAUCCAUGUGAACAAUCAAUGACUAUUGUACAAUUAAUUCUUAUUUAUCUUUUACCUGAACGUUUUAAAGAAAUGUGCAUGAAAUAG